AUGUCCAUCCCCAAGAAAUACAGCCUUGAGACAGACGUUGUCUUUGUUGGUCACGAUGACCAGUUUAACUCCUCUGUGCCGCCGUUGUACCAGACAGCCACUUUCAAGCAGGAGUCACUCUCCAACAUGGGCGAGUACGACUACACCCGUUCAGGUAACCCCACGCGUACCACUGUCCAACAGCAUCUGGCUAAGGUUAUGAGGGCGAAGUCCGUUUUUGCUGUUACCAGCGGCAUGAGUGCCAUGGACACCAUUUCACGGUUACUUAGUCCCGGUGAUGAGGUCAUUGCCGGAGACGAUCUGUAUGGAGGAACUCACCGGCUACUGGUCUAUCUCCAAAAGAUGUCCCAGAUCAAGGUCAGUCACUACGAUACUACAGACACCGAUCUGGUGAAGUCCAAGAUCUCUUCGAAGACAAAGAUGAUUUUUCUGGAGUCCCCCACAAACCCACUUAUCAAGUGUGUGGAUGUGCGGGAAAUCACCAGGCACGCCCACGAGGUGAAUCCAGAAUGCAUAGUUGUGUUUGAUAACACCAUGAUGUCGCCUAUUCUCAUGAACCCGCUGGAGUUGGGUGUGGAUAUCCACUACGAGUCUGCCACCAAGUAUCUUAAUGGCCAUCACGAUAUCAUGGCUGGUGUGAUUGCCGUGAACAACCAAGACUUGGCUGCCAAAAUAUAUUUCAUCAUCAACUCGACUGGAUGUGGUCUUUCACCAUUUGACUCGUGGUUGUUGGUGCGUGGGCUGAAAACUCUUGCUUUGCGUGUGGAGAGACAGCAAGAAAACGCUAUCAAAAUCGCACACUGGCUCGAGUCCAAGGGCCUCAAGGUCAGAUACCCGGGCCUGAAAUCACAUCCUCAAUAUGAGCUGCACAAGUCGAUUGCAAGAGGCCCUGGAGCCGUACUUUCGUUUGAAACUGGGUCUGUGGAGACCAGUGAGAAGAUCGUCGACGGCUGCGACCUAUUUGGUGUCACAGUUUCCUUCGGAUGUGUGAACUCGUUGAUUUCACUUCCUUGCAAAAUGUCUCACGCUUCUAUUGACGAAAAGACCAGGAGCGAAAGGGCCCUUCCAGAGGACCUAAUAAGGCUGUGUAUUGGCAUAGAGAACUGUGACGAUCUGAUCGGUGAUCUAGAACAUUCCCUGAGGGUUGCCGGUGCAAUUUGA